AUGUGGGAAACGAGGGUCCAAUUUCCAACACGCGACACCUCUAGACUCGGGAGGAAAGUGGCGCGGUACUACGUGGGAGUUAAAUCAAAGCCAAUGCAAAAAGACUUCGAGAUAAAACCGAGCGUGCACGCGAUGUGGGAAACGAGGGUCCAAUUUCCAACACGCGACACCUCUAGACUCGGGAGGAAAGUGGCGCGGUACGAAGACCGCACCACGUGCUCAAGGGCCGGCCGGGCCCUUGAGCACGUGGAGCACGUGGUCCUUAAUGUU